CUGCAUUUCUGCCCAGAAGAAAAGGGGCACCGCAACCGCCCAACCCCGCGACAGAUGCAACACCAUAAGUUCCGGUGCCGGCGAGGCGACGAGAGGGCCAGCGACGGAGAAGAGAGAGAUGUCAUUCUUCUUCCGGAUGGCAUCGCGGAUGCGGCCGUCGACACCGGAGGAGGUGGUCCGCUCCAUCAAGGACUCCUUCCUCGCCCUCUCCUCCAAGACCAGCGCCAGGGCUCUCGAAGAGGUUGAGAAAAACAUCUCGUCCUUGAGGCAACUGCUCUCUGGUGAUGGAGAAGCAGAACCAAAUCAAGAGCAGGUCGUGCAAAUAACCGUUGAAAUUUGCAACGAGGACGUGCUUCCGGUCUUUGUUCAGAACCUACCUUCCUUGGGUUGGGGAGUAAGAAAAGAUUUAGUUCACUGCUGGUGCAUUUUGCUUGGGCAGAAGGUGGAUGACAGUUAUUGCUGUGUGAAGUAUAUUGAAGAUCAUGCGGAGCUCUUAGAUUUUCUAGUUGACUGCUACAAGAACUGGGACAUUGCACUGAACUGUGGGAGUAUGUUGAGAGAAUGCAUAAAAUAUCCAGCACUUGCAAAAUACGUAUUGGGAUCCAAUAGCUUUGAGCUAUUUUUCGAGUAUGUUGAGCUACCUAACUUCGAUAUUGCUUCUGAUGCUCUGAACACCUUCAAGGAUUUGCUUACCAGACAUGAAACUGUUGUGGCUGAGUUCUUGAGUUCCCAUUACGAGCAGUUCUUUGAGCUCUACACAAGAAUCUUAACAUCAAAUAAUUAUGUAACAAGGCGGCAGUCAGUGAAGUUCCUUUCAGAAUUUCUUCUGGAGGCUUCAAACUCUAAAAUAAUGAAGAGAUACAUUCUGGAAGUUCAUUUCUUAAAUAUUAUGAUUGGUUUACUGAAGGAUUCAAGCAAAAAUAUCAGAAUAUGUGCCUUCCACGUUUUUAAGGUAUUUGUUGCCAAUCCAAAUAAACCUCGCAGUAUUAUUCAAGCUUUGCUAGACAACCGCAGGGAAUUGUUGAAACUAAUCCGAAAUCUUCCUGCAAGUAAAGGCGAAGCUGAACUCGACGAGGAGAGGGACCUAAUCAUUCAGGAAAUCGAGAAGCUGUAAUGCUGAUCAGGACAAACCCCUGGAAUCAUCAAAUAGCAUUGGUAAAAAAAGUGCACUUCUGCAGUACUUUUAGUAAUUGUCAUCCAACUUAUCGAAACCUCCAAGAGCUGUCAUUUCGGAGGGCUUUGCAGCCCAUCGGAACGAGAAUAUCAUAAAAACAAAAUAGCAACAAAUAGAGGUAAUAUACCUCAUGACAAGUAUGGUGAAUUUUGGUAUUUGAAGGUGGAUAAACUGUUACUUCUGUUAUAGUGUUAUGUGACGUGUAGCACCAAGAAAUUUCUGUCACGAGUAAUACUAUUGCCGGUACUAUCAGAAAAGAUGGUGGUCUGUGCAAUGAUGAUAACAAGAAACAUGUCCUGAUGAGUGGGCUGGUGCAUUGGUACCGAUGUUAGAGCCGGCAAUACGACCGUCUGAGCUUUGUGCAGCAACUUACCUGAAAA